AUGUCGAAAAUAACACUUGUUCUAUUCAUGGUUUGCGUACAAAUUAUUCUCAUCAAUUGUUAUUCUCUAAGUCAUUUACAGGGCAAUCUUUGGUCGGAUUUUGAUUUGGAGCCAAAGGACGAAUUUCUUGCUAAACUUUUACAUACGGAAAACUUAUUUCAUGAUGACAGUUCAGCAUCCGAACCAUUCGAUGGUCGCGCACAUGGAUUACAAAAGCGUGGCCGACAAUGUUUAUGGAAAGUAUGUAGUUGGGCAUUGGACAAACGUUCAUCCUCAUAA